CCAACUUACCAAGAUGGCGACUGCGAGCACGCUUGAUACACCUGUAGCGAAAGUACAAAUUGAUGGAUUGGUUGUCUUGAAGAUCAUCAAGCAUUGCGAGGAGGAAGGAGGGAGUGCCGGAGAAUUGGUCCAGGGAGUUCUCCUCGGCCUCGUCCAAGAUGACACGCUGGAGAUAACCAACUGUUUCCCCUUUCCUAAGCACGCCGAUGAGGAGAACUUUGAUGAUGUUUUGUACCAGAUGGAAAUGAUGCGUAACCUGCGUCACGUCAACAUUGAUCACCUCCACGUGGGUUGGUACCAGUCCACGCUGUAUGGCACAUUCCUCAACAAGGCUCUGCUGGACUCGCAGUUCAACUAUCAGCAUUCUAUUGAGGAGUCGGUGGUGCUCAUAUACGAUCCACUGAAGACAUCCAAGUCGACGCUCAGCUUGAAGGCGUACAGGUUAACGAAAAGUGCGAUGGAAUCCUACAAAGAUUACAACUUCUCCACAGAUGCCCUUAAGAAGACAGGUUUGUGCUACGAGAACGUCUUUGAAGAAAUUCCCAUCGUCAUCCAUAACUCUUACCUCGUCAACACCCUGCUCUGCGAGCUGAAGGAACUCGCACCACCGACUGGCGACAACUUCUUGAGCUUAUCAUCAGGGAACAUGUUGGAGAAGAAUUUGGAGUUGCUGAUGGACUACGUAGAUGACCUCGCUCAGGAAACUAACAAGUACAUGAACUACCAGCGGGCCAUGACCAAACUUCAACAGAGCAAACAGCAGCACGUGUACAAACGGCAACAAGAGAACCAAGCCAGGCAGCAGAGAGGCGAGCCCCCGCUCCCCGAGGAAGACCUGUCCAAGCUCUUCAAGCCCCCCCAGCCCCCGCUGCGACUGGAGAGCCUGCUGAUGGCCGGCCAGAUGAAGAACUACACCUCAGAGAUCAACCGCAUGGCGGCGUCCAGCUUCGGCAAGCUGUUCAUGGCCGACGCCCUGCAGACCAAAAGUCCCAGUACAUAGGAUAGAGAGGGGGGGUGCGUCCAGCUUUGACAAGCUGUACAAGGCCAACAUCCUUGCAAACCAAGGGUCUUAGCACGUAGGAAUAUAUAUCAAGUUUCAACUUCAUCUCGUUCGUCCCUAUCUCAGAUCUCAGACUCAAUAUUUGUUCUCACAUGUUUUCCACUGAAACCCAAUGUGACCCAUUCUGACGAUAUGAGUCGCCUAAGCCACCCUUGAGUGACAGGUCGUUAGAAGAAUCUUGCAUCGUGCCAAUCAAUUAUAGACCCUCAACAUGUUCACCCUCAUUUUGUCCAUUUUCAUCGGGAAGCCAAACUCACACACGGAAGCAAAAGAGUUCAGUUUGCUCUUGCGAAUGCAGACUAAAACAAUUUUAUUGAAAAAAAGUGGCCGUUAGACGCAACUUUGAGAGAUCCGGUCACAAAUCAAACUCCCCCAAACUCUGGCCUCAGACAAGACAAGUUGAAUGUAGUUUCUGCUGACUGAUAUCAUGAAUCUAAAGCCAUUCACGGAGACAAGUUAAGGUUUGGAAAUUCACCGUAGGGAGGAAGAGAAUUGGGUUUUCAACACAUUUGACCAGCUGUCUGGCAAAGGAUUUCCAAGUAACUAAUCAAUAGGCAGAUUCAGAAUGAUACUAGUGGCCCACAUCAUAAACCUCCUAAUUUUAUUUAUUUUUCGUAAUUCUAUAUCUGAGCCAUCUGUAAUAAACUGUUUUUAUUGGGAGCAGAGCAAGUGAGAGCUUGUGGUGAUAAAACUUAAAAGACCCUCCUCCCUGUCCCGCCCCGAGAAAAUCCCUCCCGGUGGAAUUUCGAAGACAUUUAUUAGAGUGUCCCAAGUUAUUCUUUGGCAUAGAAGGUAAACGGAAAAGUUUACCCUUUUGUUAUUUUUAAAGUAUCGUCAAGAUACUAUGCUCUUGCUGGUGGUUGUGGAAAUAAACAGCAAUUAUUUUGGGUCCCCAAAAUCUGUCGAAUGAAACGAUUAGUCCCAUGCUGUGUUUGAAUAAAAGAGGAAACAUUCACCAGA